GCACUGAUGUAACUGUAAAAAUUAUUGUUUGUUUGCUCUCUUGGUCCUAUUAUCACUCUGUGCAGGAUGUUCGCUUUCUGUAUUGGGGAUUUUUGAGUUCAGGAGCAUUUGGCGGGAAUGUUGUUGCUGUUUCUCAAUCCAGAUAUUUCUCUUAAAUAAAUGUAAAGUCACGUCUCAUUAAAGAAAAAACACAACAAAAUGUGUGAAACAGUACAGGAUGAUGAGAAUACCAUGAGCAUUUUAGUUGCAAGUGAUGUUCAUCUUGGAUAUAUAGAGAAGAAUGGGGAAAGGGGAAAAGAUUCGUUUGUUGCUUUAGAAGAAAUAUUUACAAUUGCCAAAGAAAGAAAUGUUGAUUUCGUUUUACUUGGAGGGGAUUUAUUUCACGAAAAUAAACCUUCAAGAAAAACACUGCACACGGCAAUGGAAUUGUUUCAAAAAUAUUGUCUUGGUGAUCGGCCGUGUAGUGUCAAAGUGGUUAGUGACCAAGCUGUGAAUUUUGGCCACACAUCAAGUUCGAUAACGUGUGUUAAUUAUGAAAAUCCGAAUGUUAAUAUUUCUCUACCUGUGUUUUCCAUACAUGGCAAUCAUGAUGAUCCAUCAGGGGCUGGAGAACUAAGUGCCAUUGAUUUAUUAUCUGUCACUGGUCUUCUUAAUCACUUUGGAAAACAAACAAAGCUUGAUGUUAUAAGUCUCUCUCCUGUGUUGCUACAAAAAGGAACAACCAAGCUUGCAUUGUAUGGACUUGGUUCCAUGAGAGAUGAACGCUUGCAUCGUUUAUUUUUGAAUCACCUUGUAACCAUGCUCCGACCAAAAGAAUCGCUUGAUGACUGGUUUAAUGUCUUUGUUCUUCAUCAAAACAGGUCAAAACACGGAGCAACCAACUACAUACCAGAACAGUUUCUUGAUGAUUUCUUCGACUUAAUCAUCUGGGGCCACGAGCACGAAUGUUUAAUUAACCCGCAGUGGAAUCCAAUCAAAAGAUUCUUCGUCAUGCAACCGGGAAGUCCCGUUGCUACAUCUUUAUGUGAAGGGGAAUCAAAACAAAAAAAAGUAGCUGUCGUGAAAAUUCGAGGGCGUGAAAUGAAAACGGACAUUAUUCCUCUAAAAACUGUACGUCAGUUGUAUGUUGAAAAUAUCACGCUUGCUGAUGGUGUUCACCCACCUGCGGGGUCUUCACCAGAAGCAAUAGAAGCCUUAUCACAAGCUUACUGUGAGGAAGUUGUUGAGCGACUGCUUUUACGAGCACAAAGUCAGAAAUCUGGUCACCCCCGGCAACCACGUAAACCCCUCAUUCGACUCCGAGUUGACUACAGUGGAUUUGAUAUAUUCAAUGCGUACAGAUUCGGUGCAAAGUUUGCAGACAGAGUCUCCAACCCAGAAAAUAUCGUUCAUUUCCUUAAAAAGUCUGUGAAGAAAAUUCGGGAUGAUUUGGAUGUAAAAGAUAUGGAUGACUUGAUAGGAGCCGAAGUUGUUGAAAAUGUGAAAAUGGAAGAUCUUGUGCAAGAAUAUUUAAAUUCGAAAGAUGAGAAAGAGCAAAUGCAAGUGUUGAGUGCGCGUGGUGUAAGUCAAGCUGUGUCAGAGUUUGUUACCAAACAAGAAAAAGACGCAAUCAAAGAAUUAUGUUGUCAUCAAAUCAAAAAGACCAAAAACUAUUUACAAGAACAAACAUUUAAUUUGGAUCAAAAUGAAAUUAAAGAACAAAUAAAAAGUUACCAAACCGAACGACUAAAAGAAUCAUCAACAAAAGAAUCACAAGAGCUGAAAGAAAUUCUUGAAAGAACCAAAGCUUUCAGUAAACGAUCGCGUGCUGAUUCUUCUAACGAUUUUUCAUCUGAAGAAGAAGAAGAAAUACCUGAACCUGUUGUGCAACCCAAGCCUAAACGUGGUCGUGGUGCAAGAAAAACUCGAGGUAGCAGAGGUGGUGCUCGUGGCAAAACUAAAACUUCACCUGCAGCUUCUUUAUCUAAUUACUUUUCUUCAUCACGAAACAGCCGACCAGGUGAAAGUCAAAAGAUGAACAUUACAAGUAAUCUAAGUAAACGAAGUCAAGAUAAAGGAGUCUCCUACAUAUCAUCUGAUGACGAUGGAAACCCAUUUGCAAAGUUGUGAGAUCAUUCAGGCGGGCAAUAAACUUGAUAACAAACUUACAUUUCGACAAUUGUGGUUUUUAUUUGUUAAAUUCUAUUAAUUCUACAUCAACAGGCUGAAAUGUACACAAAUAAUAAUUUACAUUGUUUUGUUUCCUUCUUCACAUUGAAGCAAAGAUAUUUACAAUGGUUGUAAUAUGACGCAAUUAAAAUAUUGAAUUCUUGUUAUUGA